AUGAGUCGCAGCCCAGAAAGGAUGUAUUCUUACUGCCGCCACUUCAAGGGCCCCCUCGCCGCCUCCUCUUCCUACCAGGUGCGGAUCUCGAGCCCCUCGCCAACACGCAAGGAUUUCUGUCACCGCUCUGCCAGCUACAGCCGCAGUGGGGGAAGCAUAGGGAGGAGGAACAUCUCCAGCUUCCGCAAAUCCCGCAUGACCAACAGUGUGAGUAUGGGGGCCCUGUGCUUUGGCAUGGGUCUGGGGCCCAGCCUGGAUCUGGAUGUAGCUGCAGCGGAGAACCAGAAAUUCCUGAGCACACGCACCGGUGAGAGGCAGGAGAUGGUGGCCCUCAACGACCGCCUGGCUAUCUACAUUGAGAAGAUGCGUACUCUGGAGGGGCAGAACAAGCUGCUGGAGGCUGAGAUUGAUGUUCUGCAGAACCGCUAUGUGAAGCCGUCUGGGCUGAGACAGCUCUACAAGGGCCAGCUGAGAGAGCUCCACAGGAUCGCUGAGCAGAUGAGAGUGACCUGGCUAGCAGACAAGGGGGCCAUGGCAGGACAGGUGGAGGUGCUCAAGGUCAAAUAUGAGGAGGCUCUGGAGGCCAGGAAGAAGCCCGAGUUGGAGAUCGAAGCCUUCCGCCCCGAUGUGGAUAGAGCUACCUCGGCACGUAUCGGCUUGGAGAAACAGCUGCAGAACCUAGAUGUGGCCUUCCCUACCAGAGUUCACAAAGAGGAAAUCGAGUAGCUGAUGCAGCAGAUGUACAAGACAGUUGCCAAGGUAGACAUGACCUUUGCCCUCCCUGACCUCUCCUCCGCCCUCAAACAAAUCCAGUCGCAGUAUGACAGCAUUGCCGUUAGAAACCUACAGGAGAUUGACGCUUGGUACAAGUCAAAGUUUCAGGACAUGAACAAUGUGACGACCAAACGUGCUCCAAGAGUUCAAAGGGUGAGAGAGGAAGUCUGAGGUUACAAGAAAGAUAUCCUAAACCUAGAGCGUGAGUUGGAGUCCAUGAAGACGAGGAAUGAGUCACUGGAGAAUCAUAUUUGUGAUGCUGUGGCGAGACGCAUGAAAGAAGAGACACAUCUGGUGAGUAAAGCACGGCAGGUCAGGGCUCUUUUAAAAGUGAUGAAGGAGAAGAUGGCUCUGCUGCUGAGGGAGUACCAGGAGCUGCUCAACGUCAAGAUGGCCCUGGAGAUUGAGAUCACCACCUACAGGUGA